UGAAAGAAACGUGUUCAUUUAUGCAUUGACAUACAUUUCUAUUUUUGAUGCUCAGCAGACGGAAAAGAAAACCACAUCAAAGGUUGUAACCAAGCAAGAUGCCUUCCAAAAAGCUGCUUCAUUACUAAUCCAACCAGGGGAACAAGGAUAGUUGUUCUGCCUAUUGUAACACCCAUUUUACACUCAAACCCAGUAGAUUAAUGGUAGUGAUGCCUUCCAAAAAGCUGCUUCAUUACUAAUCCAAUCAGUCUCGUCCAGAUCUCUGUAGCUGGACCCAAACUCCAACUCGCAGCAGUCGAAGUCGGAUGAAUCGGAUUGCGAUAGCUCGAUGAUGACCACAUUAGUGUAGAGUCAUGGUCCCUUUCAUCUUCUUCUGCAACUUCUCCAGCAGCGCGAUGAAUGUGGGGAAAUUGGAAGGGAAGAGGUUGCUAUUGGCUAUUGCUAACCCAUGAACCCGGGAAGACCAGAGUUUUUGGCGGGAAAUUACUUGGUGGGGGCAGUGGGUUUCAUCUAAAGGCCCACUUCAAUUGGUUGGUUUAGGCCUCAUAUAAUAAUCGGCCUGUACUUAUGGACUAAUUGGGCUUGGAGCCCGCUGGUGACUUGUUUCUUUGUGCUGCACCAAGUUUUCUUCUCAGCUAGGCUAGCUUGUGAUACUUUGUUAGUUUUGUUUGGCUGUUGCUCAAUGUAAGCGAUGAAGAUUGUUGUUCAUGUUACUCCGCUUCAAUGGUCAUAUUUGAUUCUGUCUGAAGGAGAAACAGGAACUGGAAUUGCAAUGUGCAUUGGCAGGGCAUUGGCUCAGUCUGGUGCAAUAAGAGAGGAUGCGAACUACGUGAAUGCUUCAUGCAUCAUCGACUCGAACAGGCGACCUAACAGAAUGCCAAACACUGAUUCCAUUGCUUUGGAGAAAACCCUCAGCUGAGAGUGAAAAUCCUGACAAAGCAGUGCAUGUCCAGAAACCGUUCUUGUGGAGUUACUGUGACAAGGGCUUUCUACCGGUUUCAGGACAAGGAUACGAUGGUUGUGAAGAGAAAGGAGAGGCUGGACAUCAAAGUGGCAUUAUCCAAUUUAUUUGGUUUCGAAGCAAACUGACGAAAGCCAUGCACGCAGACAGCCAGAAGCACAUGAGAUGUUCAUAUGAGCACAUAUAAAAGGGGAGGAAGAUUCAGAAAAUGAAUCCACCCAGAUUACUGCACGUCUGCACCUUUUCAAUGGCUGCGAGCGUGCAACUGUAGAAAUAUGAACCAAUAACGCAUCACUAUCACUAGUAUAUAAAACUACUUGAGCUCAGCACGGUGUGUACCCUUUUAAGUCUGUUCAACAAGGGUCUCUCUAUUACACUAUUCCUAUGGGGUAAUUGGUGAGGCAUCUAAAUAAACCAGAAAAAUUCUGCCCUUGAACAAAUAUCCCAGGUGAUUUACAUGUCUCCAUUUCCAUUCUUUCUGUCUCUUGAGUUGGAAAAUCACCAGCAUGAACAUAACCGAACCGAUAGCAAUGCGAGACACCCAGCAUGUCUGUGCAAACAAUUUCUGGAUUUCAGGAUCACCAGAUCUUCGUUUUGACCCAAAAGAGGAGGAAAACGACUCCAAACACGAUUGCAACUGGAGCCCAUUUCCGAAUCAACGCCUGCACCAAGAAACACAUGUAUCAGACAGGAAGUCGGCUUGAACAAGGGAUGCUACUUUCAAUAACUACAUUGUUCAUCAAGAUACUUUGAAACCUCUACUUCUGAUGAACGAAAGCAAUCGGCUAAUCCGCUCAAGCAAGAGAGAAAUAGGACUCAUUUUUCACUACGUAAUUAGACAAGAGACUUUUGUGGUUCCUGGAAUCCAUAGGGUCAAUAAAUGUGCUCUCGAUCUAGCAAUCUUGGAAAAUUGUUUUGAUGAACUGUCACUAAACUCAAAAAGAAAGAAGAGAAAGAAAGCACACUCUCUUUGGUCACCCAAGAGUGGGAUUGAAUUAGCAUUUUGGACUAGAACUUGGAAAUAAAAGAAGAAAUAGAAUUCUCCUUCUCGCCGUUAUUCAGUCUCAUGGAACUAAACUCUUAGAUGCAGCAUGCGAAGCCUGAGCAAGGCCUAAUCCUUCUUGCCCUCUUCCUGGGAUAACUUGAAUCAGGAAAGCAGGCGAAACUCCAUUCCUAAAUGGGAAGAUUUCUAACUACUUAGAGGCGACGUGAAUCUAUGCUUUCUGCCAUGUCAGCGCGUUUCUGUCCAAUCGCUACAUGAAUGUUUACUUCACGAAAUGACUUUCCGGAAAAGAGCUAUUCUGAGCUAUCAAAUUCUACUGGUUUAGCGACUCGUUAUGGUUCAGCAUCAUCGAGAGAAAGAUCGUGUAGUAGGGAAUAAUCCGGAGAAACAUACCUGUCUGUUCAAAUCUCUAGCCUUGUCAGCGUAUAUUCGAGAUUCUGAUGUUAGUCGGCUGGACAUUUCACUCACCUCUGCAAUGUGACCAAAUAUACAUCAGACUGUGUCAAUUUGGUUUGGUUUGGUUAACCAAACCAUUAAGUAUGAAAAACCAAAAACCAAAAAUCAAAUCCCAAAAACCAAAACCAAAAUCAUUAAGGCCCUUAUUGGUUUUUGGCAACCAAAAACCAACAAGGGCCUUAAUGGUUUUGGUUUUGGUUUGGAUAACCAAAAAACCAACAUGUACUCAUACACUCAUAUUUAUUCCUAUUUCCCUCCUUUUUAUUGAAUAAAUGUCAUAAUAAUGG